UCCGUACAGUUUUUGUACUAAUUUUUUUCUUUUUUUUUUUUUAUAAUCUUGCUGUUUAGGUCAGCUUGCGUGCAACUCGACUAAUUUCUUUUUUUUUGUAUAAUUGUUGUUUGUUUCUUCCUUGGAUUAGCAGUUUCGUUUUUUUUUUUUUUUUUCAAAUGUUUAGUUUGGCGUUAUCUCGCUAUCGAUUUAGAAUUUGCUGAAUUUGCUGAACUGUCAUUGUUAUCUGUCUUCCACUUUACCUAACGAGUUACGUCGUUAUAUAUUUUGUAUUCCUAAGUUUGCUGCAUUUUGGAUUCAGUGUUGUUUAUGUUUUUCAGAUCUCAAAUUUUGCUUCAUUCCGCGUAUUUUAUGUAAUUUGUGUUAUUUUUGGUUAAUUCAAGUACUUGAAUGAUUUUUAAGAUCGACUUUUUGUGCGGAGAGUGAGAUUAAGUGGCUGCAUUUUGAUAGAUGUUUAUGAAGUGGAGUUGUAUGAGAAGUGUCAAGCGGAGUCGAAUUUGAUGGAGUGUCAUUAUUACCGUCUUCCACUUUAGCUAACGAAUUGAUUUUUGGUGCGGACAGAGAUUAGUGGCUACAUUUUAUGAAUUUGUUAGACGCUUAUGAAGAGGAGUUGAAUGAGAAGUGCAAGCUAGGGGAUGUGGAGUGGUGGUCUUUUACUGGUUUCACUUCAUCUGCUGGCACUGUGAAAGAAAAAGAAAAUUUUAUAUAAGAAUGGCUGAUGCAGCUGCUCUUAUUGAAGCUUCAGGAUCCAGAUUUAGUGAUCUGGAGCUCAUUGGAAGAGGCUCAUUUGGAGACGUCUAUAAAGGGCCAGGGAUUUGGGUUCUGUUAAGCUGCCACCUCCUUAUUUAUGGAAAUGGAUUUUAGAUGUGCUAUGCAGAUUAAAUGCACCUCGUUUACGUUUACUCUCUGUGGACACUGGUUUGAUAAGGAACUAAACAAAGAGGUCGCAAUCAAGGUUAUUGAUCUAGAAGAAUCAGAGGAUGAAGUUGAGGAUAUCCAAAAGGAAAUUGCAGUUUUAUCACAAUGCCGAUCGCCCUAUAUUACAGAGUACUAUGGGUCAUACCUGCACCAAACUAAGCUAUGGAUAAUAAUGGAAUACAUGGCUGGUGGAUCAGUCGCUGAUCUAAUUCAACCUAAUCAGCCAUUGGAUGAAUUGUCUAUUGCUUGCAUUUUAUGUGAUUUGCUUCAUGCUAUUGAAUACCUCCAUUCAGAAGGAAAAAUUCAUCGCGAUAUCAAAGCGGCUAAUAUCUUGCUGACUGAAAAUGGUGAUGUGAAGGUAGCAGAUUUUGGCGUUUCGGCACAGCUGACAAGGACGAUCUCUAGGAGAAAGACAUUUGUAGGAACACCGUUCUGGAUGGCACCUGAAGUAAUUCAGAACUCAGACGGAUACAAUGAGAAGGCUGAUAUUUGGUCACUUGGUAUAACUGCAAUUGAGAUGGCCAAAGGGGAACCCCCACUUGCUGAUCUUCACCCCAUGAGAGUACUUUUUAUCAUACCUCGAGAAAAUCCUCCCCAGCUAGAUGAACACUUCUCUCGUCCUCUCAAAGAAAUCGUGUCCUUGUGUUUGAAGAAGAGUCCUGCUGAG